UUCAAUUCCAUUCAAGCUAUAUAUAUUUUGAGAGAUCAGACUUUCCUUGUCAUGUGAUGAGGAUUAGAUGGUCUGGGACCAAAUUCUUAUGCUAAUUGAUUUUAAUUAGUUGACCCAAGUCUUUUUGGUGGUUCUUGGAUACAACAUUAAUUAAACCAGCAGUUGGUCGUGGGCUUUGUAUGUUAGUUGCCUAUGGAUGUAACCUUAGUACCUAUGUAUAUCAGUACAUGGGUACUUCCUUGUCAUUCAUUAAUCUACUGUGGAACGGAGAUUCUAAGGUAGUGUUUGUACGUGCAUUGUCUGGUCUAUACCAGAGUCUGUCAAGGUUCACCUCGUGACCUUGACAAUGAGGUGCCUUCCCAGCCGGCAACCAUAGUUCCAACCUCAUUAUCUUCCUCCUCCAGUACUUUGCCCUUUAUUGCAGCAAUUGAAAAGGAAUAAGUUGUGUUUUUUUAGAAUCUUAACUAACUGCUGGAGCUUCCUCUCAUUGACAAAUAGGUUCUGUCUUAUUUAUUUUUGGAUCUUUACUAGUUUCUUCUUCUUUUCUAAUGUAGUAACUUUUGUCAGAACUGAUGCCAAAUAAAAAAAAUUCAUAAGGAGGUGGGCGAUGAGUGGUUGCCCACGCUUUGAGAAAUGUUGAAUCCUGGUUUUCUUAAAGGAUCCCAAAGAAGAAGUCAUUCAAGCAUGGUACAUGGAUGAUAGCGACGAAGACGAGGCUGCCUCAUCACAGGGAGCCCAAUGAAUUUGUCUUUGGACCAACUUUCUGUUGGCGGCUUGAUGCUGACAGCUAUGAAACAGAUGAAGAGUUGAAGAAGAUACGUGAAGAGCGUGGAUAUUCCUGCGUGGACUUCGGUGAAGUUUUCCCAGCGAAGCUGCCUAAUUAUGAAGAGAAGAUCAAAGACUUUUUUGAAGAACAUUUUCACACUGAUGAGGAGAUUCGCUACUGUGUGGCUGGAAGUGGUUAUUUUGAUGUUAGGGAUCAUAAUGACCGCUGGAUUCGUGUUUGGGUGAAGAAAGGUGGAAUGAUUGUCUUACCUGAUGGAAUUCAUCACCUCUUCACAUUACCAAGAUGACUAUAUCAAGUGGUAUAUAGCAAAACAUAUGCAAGAGAGCUUGUUGUUUGUGGAAGAAUGGGAAAAACUCCUCUGUUCCAUCAUCCCAUUUCUUCGGGAACUAGACUUCAGUCGUAAAACUGCUAUCCUCGCCCAAUGGUCACAGCCAAUGCUCAUGUAAUUUCGUAGUUGCUUCAUGUUUGCGGAUGAUUUGCAAAGGAAUGAUUAUUCGGGCUUUUGGCUUUAGAUCAAAUGCUAGGUACGAGGUUUGGUAGUCCCAUCUCUAAAAAGAAGACAUGGCAUGUAGUCGGUAUGAUUGCAACUCCAGUCCUGACAUUUUCAAUGCUGCACCUUUUGUAGAUUUCUUGUUCAGGGUAUGUCUACCAAGGUAGCAAUGCCGUUCUACUUCUAUGAAUGAGACUUUUAAUAUUCUCCCACAAGGAGAAUGUCGGGUUUAUUUUAA